GUUAUGCAAAAGAUCACUCCUUGCCUACAAGUAAGUUUUCUCCUCGAUCUAAAAAAUGUAUCUUUAUUGGAUACCCUAAUGGACACUAAUUCAAUUUGCCAUGAUGAAUUAAGAAAAUCCAUGCCUUUACAAUAUUUUGAUGAUGAUGAUCCACCAGAAGUUGAUCAACCCACCAUCAUACGACCCAAACAAGCUUGCCCAAGGAAUGUUGAUAGUGCUAACUCAAGCGUCCAUGCUUGCAAUGCUACAUAUGAAGAGGGAGACGCAAACCCAACAAUUACUAGAACUUCUGAUGCAAGCCAUGGUGAUGUGGCCAAUCCCAUUAAUUCCGAUUCAAGGCCACAACGCGAGAGAAGGAAGCCAACCUAUCUCAUAGACUACAUCUUAAAUGGGGUUCAAACAAAUACCAACACUUCUUUGACCUCAAGUACGUCGUAUUCUAUUUCUCAUUUUAUUGCAUAUGAUAAAUUUAGUCCUACUCACCGUUCUUUUCUAGCGGCCAUCUCCACUAAAGAUGAGCCAAAAUCCUUUUCUGAGGCUAUCCAAGAUCCCAAAUGGAGACAAGCAAUGAAAGCCGAAAUUGAUGCUCUCGAGAAAAAUAAUACUUGGACUUUGGAGACGCUUCCUCCUGACAAAAGACUUAUAGGUUGCAAAUGGGUUUAUAAAAUCAAAUAUAAUGCUGAUGGGAAAAUUGAAAGAUAUAAGGCACGCCUUGUCACAAAGGGAUUUACCCAAGUUGAAGGCAUAGAUUACCAUGAUACCUUUGCCCCUGUUGCCAAGCUAGUUACUGUUCGAUGCUUACCAGCUAUCGCCACUGCUCGUAAUAAUUCAUCUCUUUGUCAGAAAUUGAAAGAAUUUCUCCAUAUAAUGUUUCACAUCAAAGAUCUUGGCAAGCUCAAAUACUUCCUAGGUAUUGAAGUGGCUCGGCAUCCCUCUGGAAUUUUCCUUUGUCAACGAAAAUAUACACUUGACAUCCUUACUGAAGCUGGAAUGCUUGGAACCAAGCCAUGCCUUUUUCCUAUGAAGCAAAAGCUGAAACUCACUCCUAGUACUGGUUCCCCUCUAUCUGAUCCUAUGCAAUACAGGAGACUGGUUGGAAAGAUAAUAUAUUUGACUAUAACUCGCCCUGAAAUUUCAUUCGCUGUCCAUACUCUUAGUCAAUUUAUGCAAGCUCCUCGACAACCUCAUCUAGAUGCAACAAUGCGGGUUUUGCGAUACUUGAAAUCCUCACCUAGACAAGGGAUUUUCCUCUCUUCAUCAAGUUCUUUACAACUUUCAGCCUAUUGUGAUUCUGAUUGGGCUAGUUGCCCCACAACAAGGAGAUCUACAACUGGCUACCUCACUUUGCUUGGCAACUCACCUAUAUCGUGGAAAACCAAAAAACAAUCCACAGUCUCAAGAUCAUCAGCAGAAGCUGAAUAUAGAGCUAUGGCUUCCACUAUUAGUGAACUCCUAUGGCUCAAAGGCUUGCUCAAGAUAUUAGGAGUUGAUACUUCUCAACCAAUGCAAUUGCAUUGUGACAAUCAAGCAGCUAUUCACAUAGCCACAAAUCCAGUCUUUCAUGAACGCACAAAACACAUUGAACUUGAUUGUCAUUUUAUUCGUCAUUGGAUUCAAGUUGGUCUUAUUAAGACUUCUCAUGUUCGCUCCAACCUACAAGUGGCUGAUAUAUUUACAAAGGCAUUGGGAGGUGAUCAAUUUCAAUUUCUUCCCCACAAGUUGGGCAUUACAAAUUUACAUGCACCAACUUGAAGGGGGGGUGUUAGAGAUAUUCACUAGCAUAAAAUCUCAAUCACAGC